UUCAAAGACUUGUUUAUUCUCGAAGGCUCCCAAAGAGUCUGUCAAGCUUAUGGGGUGCCAAUAUUUAAAAUCACAUAUUACUCGAAGUGUGAAGCUUACGGAAGCUGGUCAUGUUUAAGCGUGGGGUCGGUUACCAGUGAGCCGUCGCUGCUCGGCCGUGGUUCCCUCCUGUUCUCAUCAGAGAUGCUGCCCAUUUCCUUCCGUUUCCUCUUCCUCCGGCACCGUGACCUCACCCUGACACGCUGCACAGGGGCAUUUGUGAAAUAACCGCCCCUUCUAUCUCCCGCCCCGCUACCCCAGGGGAGAUCCGUGCUCUAUAACUCCUGGAGACACACUCGUCAGUCCACGGCCCGUCUCUGAGCGCUGACAGAGGAGAGACUCAUCGACCAUGGCAAACACCGGGAUGCUGUUGCUUCUCUUGGCUCAUUUCAUCACAUCUGCUCUGCUUAUUGAUGUCACAAAGAUCAGAGUUUACCCCAAACACGGCAGUGUGUAUGGCGUGUUCCACGCAUCGCUGUCCAGUGGUUACGCCUUCAAGGCGUCUGAAGCGAGAGACGUGUGCGAGCAGCUUGGUGUCGCCAUCGCAGACAAAGCGCAGGUGGAAAAAGCUCGUGCACAUGGCUUCGAGACGUGCAAGUUCGGCUGGAUCGAUGAACAGGUCGCCAUUAUUCCCAGAAUCCAAGCCAAAGAGUCCUGUGGUCAAGGCAGAGUUGGAAUCAUUACCUGGCGCGCCUCUCUCACCACUCCAUUUGAUGUCUUCUGUUUUAAUUUAACAGAUUAUGAAGCUCGCCUGAACACGGUGCAGGAAAAUCCGAGCACCACCAUCACACCUACAACUCGCACAUCUGGAGUGGAUCUGAAACAAGCAAAAACGGCUCGUUCGGCAUCAUGGGAUGAUCUGCGGUCCACUUCCUCCAGUCUUCCUGAGUCUGCGGACAAAUUGGCUGCGAACAACCUGUCUGAAUUGCAGGUUUUUAGCAACGUGAGCAAUGCCAUCGCAGUGGGCCUGAUCGCGUUGGUCACGACCGUCUUUGCUUUCCUGGUGCUCGCUGUAGCUGCUGUCUGUUACUUCAAAAAGAACAAAAGUCCGCAGAAAGGGAGCAUAGAGACUGGAAAGGAGUCUCAGACUGAGCUGAAAAACCAACACAAAAUGACGUCUUGUACGAAUGACGCCAGCGUGACCAUCAAGCCAGAGAAUGAGAAAGGAGUGCCAUCGUAACGCUCCGAAUUCGACAUGUGCUGGAAUGGCGUCAUGCAAAUGUAUUUAUUUAUUUGUUUAACUGAAAUUUUUUUAUAUAUAUUCUCUUCUGCUUUUUUUUCCUUUUUGUAUUAUGUUCCUUUAUAUUUGUACAGUAGAACCAUGUUUAUGAAUAUUAUUAAAACAAAUGUAAUUAUCUUUGAAAUAAAUUUUUGUUUUUGGGUGCCAGUGGA